GACAGUAUAUAACUCAGUGUUUCUUAUUUGCAUGAGUUCUGUUACAUAAACUGUUGUAUAUAGCUAACGACACCAAAUUGGACAAGUCACAUUGACCUAUAUUAAUGGCCGAACAAGCUGUUGUUAGAGACUUGGGUGAGGAAGUGGAACUGGAGGAGUCCAAUGGACAUGGACCACCCUCACCGAAACAGGACAGGAGAAAUAUCACCAAAAAAGGCAAAACGAAGAAGAAGGCUGAUGACAGGAUCAAGUUUGAUUGGCCUAAAAGAAACUAUUUUGAAAUUUCAUGUGAAAUCCCUACCAUGGGUUUGAAAAACUUGAUUCACCGUUUUGUGUAUGUGGCCAAACUAAAAACAAGCACGGAAGACAGAGCAGAGAUUGGAAGUCACUAUGAAAGAUUUUUCAAAAAUCUCCAGAAUGUUCAGCAGUCAUCGGAGGUGAUCACAGGACUUCUGCUUGUCUACCUUAAACAUAUAGUACAUAUUGUUGAGACUUCCACAGAUCUGAUUACAGAGACGGUGAGGGACAUACAAUCUAACAUUAAUGACAGCAGUGGGCUUUUUGAAUCCGGCAAAAUACUCAUCAUCUCCCAUGACAUUCCUCAUCGACUUUAUGGCCAGUGGAGUUUCCGCACCUUAGACAUACAGGCUGCAAGAAUGGAAAGUUACGACAGCAAUGAGUCAACAGACAAGAUUGUCAUAGAAAUUCUCAUACAGUUACUCAAGCUGGGCAAUCACCUUGCAAAGACCCCGAAGUUGAAUUUGAAGAACUUGAUGGAUAGCUUACAUGAGAGAGUGCCAGAUCUGCUGCCCCAACAAGCUGUCCUACACUACCUGUGUGAAGACAAUGACCCCUGUCUAGUCCGACCCCAGGACUACCUAGACAUGUACGAUAAGCCGUUUGACGCCGUUUUGGACAGUGAAGAAAUGGUGUGGCCUUUGGCAACCAGGCUAUUUCCCUAUAACUAGUACUAGUGAAGCUACAGCCACCCCGGCUUGAUGUGAAGACUGUGAUAUGCAAUAUGUCUCCAUGUGUCCCAUGUCACUCUGUUGCAUGCGGAAGUGGAAGAUGGAUUGAGCAAAUGGAGUUGAAAGAGUGAAUGAAAUAACAAAAACACUUUGAAGAGGGUGUAGUGAACCAGAGGACAGAAUGAAAACGUUUUCGUGUUUUCUUCUUUAUCUUAUUAUAAUAGGUUAGUUUAUCAGAAGACCAUUGCCACUAUAUUCAUUAAUGAUAUGUUAUUCCUAAAAAUGAUAAAAAAUGUGCUGUAUGUACAUAUAUGAUUAUUAUGUAGAUGUGUGCAUCUUUGAUUGAAUUUAUAUUAUUUAUGGGAUAUUACGUCAUCAUAGCAAGGAACUCCAUCAUCGGUUGUUCUCUAUCAAGGAUGCUGGCCAAUUAUGCAGAUAAGAAAACUACCAUCAACACUGUCAUGAAAAAAAAUUAGAUUCCUGUUUUAGUUUUCUUUUCUUUUGUUUGACAAUAUGAAGUGCAUGUAUUAUUAUCAAGACAUUGCUUGGGAUAUUUUGAGAUCUGGAUGCAUUAGAACACAGACAAUAAAAUAAUCACAACAAUGGUGUUCAACUUGCUAUAAACUGAAUUUAUUUGAAUAAAACUUUUUCUUCUGUCAAAAUAUGA